AUGGCCGACGCAACUGCCAACGCCGCUGCAACUACCUCUGACGCCCCUCCUUCCACCCCUCGCGGCGCACAUCCAGGCCGUGGUCGUUCAAACAGAAAUCGAAGCGGUUCUCAAAAUUCCCCCGAAACUAACAGACAAGACACCAACUCUAAGGGAGCUCGUGGUCAAAGAGGAGGCAGAGGCCGAGGAAGAGGAAGAGGCCAACCCAGAGAUUCUGCGCUAUCCUCAAGAACAAUUCCCUCUCAAACACCCGCAGACGGGAGCUCAGGAAGGCCGCCUGGAGGCGGUUUCGGUGCUCGCCUGACCGAAGCUGCCUCGAAAAUGGAAGGUGACCCAAAUGUCCCUCAAUCAUCGGGACAAGGAGAAGAGACGGCCAUGGAAGAGGCAGAAGUAUGCUUCAUCUGUGCCAGUCCUAUUGAACAUACAGAAUCCCCGUUUGUGAUAUUCACCGACAAUGCCGAGAAACGCUUCCAAGAAUUCUCCGAUGCCGAUCUCGUCAAGGUUGAUGAGAAUUUGGGCAUCAAGUACGAACAAAAUGUCAUCCUCGAGGACACCAUUCUUUUGUUGAGAUAUAAUUGUCCCGACAAGGACUGUGAUGUGGCUUGCCUGGGUUGGCCCGAUCUUCAUCGUCAUGUUAAAUCUCACAGGAAGAUGAUGUGUGAUCUUUGCACCAGAAACAAGAAAGUUUUCACCCACGAACACGAGCUUUUCACAUAUGCCGAAUUACGCAAGCAUGAGCGUUUCGGUGAUGAUAAUCCAGGUGCAAUUGACCAGUCGGGUUUCAAGGGCCAUCCUGAAUGUGCGUUUUGCAAACAACGAUUUUAUGGCGACGACGAACUCUACACUCAUUGUAGGGAGAAGCAUGAACGAUGCCACAUCUGCGAUAGGAGGAAUGGCGGCCGAAAUCCUCAAUAUUACCUCAACUAUCAAGAACUCGAGAAGCACUUUGCUGAUGCCCACUUUGUCUGCCUGGAUGCUGAAUGUCAGGCGAACAAAACGAAUGUUUUUGAGGCUGAGAUGGAUCUCAAAGCACAUCAACUAUCCGCACAUCCGAAUGGAUUAUCCAAAGACGCUCGAAGAGAUGCUAGAUUGGUCAAUCUCUCAGGCUUUUCGGACUUGAGGACCCCUUAUCAACCAGAGCGUCGGGUGAGACAAGAUCGUGGCAAUGGAAGAGGCCGAGAUCCAAAUUCGGAACCUCUCCCCAUGUCAACUGCGCAAAAUCUCAGUCGUGCCGAAGUAGCCUAUCAAAGACAAAUGGCAAUCCAAAGUGCCCAGUCUGUAUCCAGCAGGAAUUUUGGGGGUCAACUUACACAAUCUGGCCCAGCGUCCAGGCCCCAACCAGCAGCAACUCAACCUUCACCACAGCCAUUGCCUCCUGUCGAGAAUUUGUUACUUAAUUCAGCAGCUCCAUCCUCUGCAAACUUAACACCUCAAGAACAAGCGCGAGCACUUCGGCACCAAGCAGUCACUUCGCGGGCCACGAAUUUACUCAAAAAUGACAAUACCAAGUUGUCCCAAUUUCGGACUCAUGUUUCGGCCUACCGAAGCGGGACAAUUUCCGCGACUGAUCUGAUCGAUGGCGUCUUUUCCCUGUUCGACAGCCCAAGCUCGGAAUUGGGCAAACUCAUUCGUGAACUGGCUGACUUGUAUGAAGAUGAGUCGAAACAGCAAGCCCUUCUUCAAGCCUGGAAUAGUUGGCGUAGCAUCAAUGAAGAUUAUCCUAGUCUUCCAGGCCCUAGCGGCACACUGCCUGGUGUCACUGGCAGUGCCAGUGGAUCAGGUGGACGGAGAGUACUCACACUUAAGAAGAGCACAGCACAAUCAUCACGUUCUGCGGUUUCAAGACAAGGAUCCUGGGGCAAUGCACUGGCAAGCGGUACCAGUCGUGAUCCCUUCCCAGCUCUUGGUCCAGCGAGUGGUGGCUCACGGAAGACAACAACACCAACCCCUUGGGGUGCGGCGCCUGCCCCAGUAGGAGGAUCCGUCACUCUCAGUUCAGUCAAACCAGCCACAACAGUAGCCGCGUUCAAUCGGCCUACAUCACGCCAGACACCAGUGAGGCAAUCUGAAGACAACUUCCCCUCUCUUCCCGCAGCAGCCAAGCCAAAUACAAUGAUGGCAGGCUUCAAUACUCGUGGUUCAGUCCGCUGGCUAGGUUCAAGCCGAAACUCGCCUUCAGGAUCAGGGGCCAACACACCAGCGCAGACUCCAUGGGGUAAUGGUGGUUUGACACCGACACCAGCUCAAGCUGCUGCAGCCGUGGCGAAUGCAGCAGGAAGUGCUGUACCAAUGGACUAUGAAGGCGACGGUACGUUUGGGAAGAAGAAAGGAAAGAAGGCGAAGAAAGAAACACUCUUUCACUUUGGCUGA